AUGACUUCCAAUUCUCCAUAUUUCAAUGCUAACGGGAAUCGUGGCCGUCUAACCUCGAAAUCUACACAGCAAUUCUCCAAGCGAAACGGCGAUAAACGGAACACGUCCAUUCUAAAUUUCUUCAAAAAAUCAGACACUCCCCCAAAAGCGUCACAGAAUCGCAUAACAAACUACAUAGUCAGAUCAAACAAUAAUGAAGAGAAAUCUACAUCUGCAACCGAUAUAGGUGGCUCUGAGAGUUUGUUCUUUGGAGAAGAGGUUGGGCAAGGGAACAUUCUCGGCCCCCACAUCGAACAUCUUCCAGGCUCGGACAGCCCAAGGUUGGCCUCCCCACCUUCCAGGGGAUUUUGGGAGACAGCCAGAAUCUUUGAUGAUGGGGAUAGAUACAAUGAAAAUUACAAUACUGGCCAAAAAAGACAAAGGGUGGGCAAUACGGAUCACGCCGGGACCACUGCUGUUCAUAACGACGCAGGAGGCUCAUCCGCGACUUCAGCAUCCAGAACUCCUCGCAUCGGUCCAUUCUUGGAUGAGUCAGAUAGUGAGCAGGAAUAUAUUUGUGAAUACAACAAAAAAAAUGUUUGUGCAGUAUCCAGAACAAAGACUCUAGUGAGGGAAAUUGAGUACGAUGGCAACGCAGCAAAAGAUUCAUCAAAUGAUGAAUGUGAUCCUAACUCUACGAUGAUAGGAGUCGAUUUUGCUACCGCUAGCGACUUUUUACCUAACUAUAAAGGUAGUGACACUAGUGAACUGCGAGAGGUGGAAGGUCUACAUGAACGACCUUUGAAAAAGUAUGAUGAACAACUGCUGGGCUUAGGUAUGACCACGUCGAUAGAAAAGACGGAUCUAGAAGCUCCUGGGCUUUUUGAUGAUAAAGAAACUGUAGUCUGCCCGAUCUGCAGCGAGAGGCUUAUUGGUAUUGCUGAUGAUGAUGUGUCUCUCCAUGUGAAUAGCUGUCUAGACGGGAACCUAACAACGAUACCUAGUGAGAUACGAACACCUACUAUCGAAUCGAAGUCAGAUAUCUCCAUGGCGAGAACGAACAAAGCAGUUAUUCCUCGACCGGGACAGAGAAACCCUUUCACGGUAGAGUCGAAAGGGAAAGAAUCUUCCGCUUUCUCCAAAAUAAUGUCUGGUAACGCCGAAGAUGCUGCAUGGGCAGCGGCAGCUGCCAAAGAAGAGGCAUCAAGAGGUAAACAGGCUUUUGAACGCACAUGCCCGUUUUACAAAAUCCUCCCUGGAUUUUCCAUUUGCGUUGAUGCCUUUAGAUACGGUGCUGUCGAGGGUUGCCGUGCAUAUUUCCUGAGUCAUUUUCACAGCGACCAUUAUAUUGGCCUUACGUCUUCUUGGUGUCAUGGUCAAAUUUAUUGCAGCACAGUCACGGGCAAUUUAGUGCGGCAGCAGCUCAAGGUAGACCCAAAGUGGAUUACAGACAUCGAUUUCGACAAGACAUUUGAAAUCCCACAGACAAAUGGUGCCUGGGUCACCAUGUUGCCUGCGAACCACUGCCCCGGAAGCUCUAUAUUUUUAUUUGAAAAGCAAAUUAACACGGGUCCGAAACCAAGAGUUCAUCGCAUACUUCAUUGCGGCGAUUUCAGGGCAUGUCCGGCCCAUGUUCAGCAUCCGCUUCUGCGCCCAGACGUUGUCGAUUCGUUGACUGGGAAAGUCAAGCAACAAUUAAUCGAUGUCUGCUACCUUGAUACAACAUAUCUGAAUCCCAAAUAUGCGUUCCCCAACCAGGACGAUGUUGUCGCAGCAUGUGCAGCAGUGUGUGCAGACUUAGAUCCCACCCAACAUGGUGACUCGGAUGAUACAACACGCGGCCCAACAACGACUACCGUGAAAACCGUGAUGGAUCUCGGGUUCAACGCCCCACAAGCACCGACUCGGUUACGGGACGCAAACUCGAAGUCUCGAGGUCGUUUACUUGUUGUAAUUGGAACUUACAGCAUCGGCAAGGAGCGGCUAUGUAUGGCAAUUGCACGGGCCUUGAAUUGCAAAAUAUAUGCCCCGGCGGCAAAACAACGGAUAUGCGCGUGCUUAGAAGAUGCCGAACUUUCCAGACUUCUUACGAACAACCCUAUAGAAGCCCAAGUCCAUAUGCAGACCCUUAUGGAAGUACGCGCGGAAACACUUCUCGACUAUCUCAAUUCUCUCAAACCACACUUUUCUCGAGUUGUUGGAUUCCGUCCCACCGGUUGGAACUAUCGGCCACCCGCAGGAAGGAUGACAGACAGUCCCCCGGUAUCUUCGAUCUUAUACUCUGAUUCCUGGAAGCCUCGAUUUGGCACUAAAGACCUCCUUCCUCAACGUGGAAGCAACCGCCAAAGCACCUGCUACUCAGUUCCGUACAGUGAACAUAGCUCUUUUAGGGAAUUGACAAUGUUUUGCUGUGCUCUGCGGAUCGCAAAAGUCAUUCCCACAGUUAAUGUCGGGAGCAAAAGGAGCCGAGAAAAAAUGAAGCUAUGGGUGGAAAAGUGGGAGGCUGAGAAAAGGAAGAACGGGUUGUUUAAGGUGGAUAAUGAGGCAACUCGAUGCGAUGGUAUCUCCAUGAUGUCCCUGCCCCCUUUGGAGCCUCAUUCUCAAAUCUAUGGCUUAUGUAUCAAUGCCGGCGAGGAAGACGAUAUAGAUCCGUGGACAGUGCUCAUAAGAAUGAGUAUUAUGACGCAUUCGUAUCUAUCCGCCGUGGCCUCUUUUAACACACGCGAUCGCGCAGAGCACGCUCGGAAGCGCAAGACAGUUGCACAUACAUUUAGUGCCAAGUCUAUCGGGAAAUUUGAACAAUACAUUCAUGCGAACCUUAAAGAGUUUGUUCGGCAAUGGAAUCGUAUCUCUGACAUGCAGCGGAACCCAAAGACUGGAUAUGCUUCAAUCGAUGCUCUACACUGGUUUAACUACGUCGCAUUUGACAUCAUCGGCGACUUGGCAUUCGGCUCCCCUUUUGGUAUGCUAGAGAAGGGUCGGUUCUUCAUCGACUCGGGAGAGGUUUCAGCAACGCUAGGGGUCUUUCCGACACUCAAGCCUUGGGCCAAAUUCCUUCCGGAUAGAUUUUUCCUCGAUGGCCUUGAGGCUGUAGAAGAACUUGCAGGUAUUGCCGUUGCCCGUGUGUCUGAGCGCCUUCGUCCCGAAGCCAUCGCAAAUAAUACACGCGAGGACCUGCUUGCACGCCUAAUGGAAGGACGUGACGAGGCUGGCGCUAAACUUGGACGAGAAGAACUCACCGCAGAGGCAUUGACACAGCUAAUCGCGGGGUCCGACACUACCUCCAACACAGCUUGUGCAAUUCUUUACUGGGUUCUAAGGACCCCUGGGUUUAAGGAGAAGCUCCAACAGAUUCUUGACAAUGUCAUUCCGAGCGAUGUAAAGGUCCCGCCAUAUUCAAUGGUGAAGGAUAUCCAAUACCUGUCAUGGGUCAUCUCGGAGAUACACAGCACUUCUUCUCUUGGCCUUCCUCGACUGAUCCCAGAAGGGGCAUCGCCUAUCAGGAUUCACGACCGUGUCUUUCGCCCGGGUACCGUCCUUUCCGUUCCCUCCUACACAAUCCACCCCUCAACAAGGAUAUGGGGACCUGACGCAGAGGAAUUUGUCCCAACACGAUGGGAUCCCGCUCGUCUGACCAGCGAACAAAAAGCUGCACUCAUCCCUUUCAGCACGGGACCACGGGCUUGUGUUGGGCGAAAUGUGGCGGAAAUGGAGCUGCAGUGUAUGGCUGCUACAGUUUUCAAGAACUUCGACUUUGAGCUUCAACAAGAGGGUCCAUUGGAAACAAGAGAUGGUUUUUUGAGAAAGCCUCUUGAGUUGUGUGUUGGCAUAAAAAGGCGGCAGGCAUGGACUAUUUAUUCUGUUCCUACCACAUGCAUCUGA